AUGACACUCGCGCCGUGGGCUAGUGCGGCGCUUUAUACGCUCACUUCUCUGCUAGGAGUGAUUGUUAACAAGGCAGUUUUCUCGUCUUUUGACUUCGCGUACCCACUGGUAAUCCUGCUGGCCCAGCUCGUUGUCACGAGCACAGCGUUACUACUCGUGUGGCGCAGAUUUCCACCACUACCCGCAAACUGGGUCCCGUUGCUUCUCGUGGCAGCAACUUUCGUUCUGAACGUCUUCACCGGCCUCGUGGCGCUCGAGACUGCGAACCUGCCCAUGUUCAGCGCGUUCCGUCGCCUCUCCGCUGUGGCAGUCAUGAUAUUCGAGGCCAUCUUCUUGGGCCGGCGAGAGACGGCUGCGGUAGAAAAGGCAGUCGCUGUGAUGACGGUUGGGUCGGUGCUGGCGGCGAUCGGAGAGAUCAACGCCGACUGGCUAGGUUACAGCUACGUGAUACUCAACAACUGCGCCACGGCCCUGUACCUGGUGGCGCUGAAACGUGCAACCCCGCGGCUGGGGCGUCGGCAACUGGACAGUCUGGUGAUCACCUUCUACACCAACCUGUUCGCGAUUCCAAUGGCGCUGGUCGCUGCCUGGUUUCUGGAGAUGCGGCGCACUGCCGAUGCACCCAGUGCCCUGGACGCCCUGGCAACACAGCUGGAACGACGCGGUUUGGCGUUCGCCGCUGCACUGCUCUUGUCCUCGGCGUCGGCGCUGGCGGUGAACGUUACGACACUCUGGUGCACCGCAACGAAUACGCCACUGGUGACAGCGAUCGCCGGUCAGACCAAGAACCUUCUCCAAACCGCAUUAGGUUUUAUCCUGUGGGAAUAUCACUUUACGGCUUUGAACGCUUUCGGAUUAGCGCUCGCCGCUAUCGGUUCCACGAUGUUCGUCCAUGCCAAGUUCAUGAAAACACCGAAACCUUUCCAGAAUACGUAA